AUGCUUUUGAAUCUUGGACUCACCGCGGAUGCCGCAGCUGCCCAUCUGGACGAGCUGAUCAGCAGUCCGCCGGAAUCCUCCCUCUUCUCGUUCUCCGCCCUUCCCUUCCUCGGACGAGGCGCAUCCUCUGCUCGCGGGAAACCCUCCGAUGAUCGAAUGUCCCCGGCAUCCAAUAUGGCAAUGAGUCCCAUUGAAUCGGUGCCGAGCGAUGGAGAGCAAGAAAACUCAGCACCACCACCGCCGCUCGCUCGGCCUCGGACCAGUCACUCCUCCGCUCCGCGCAAAUCAUCAAUGCGGCCCAAAACAUCCUAUCAGCUCGCCCACCCCGCGGCUCAUGCACGCCACAAGCGGUUGAAGAUUCGCCCGAAGCUGUUGCUGCAGCUACAGCAGGUGUCACAGACUCCCCGACCAUUGCCCAUCUUGGAUAUAUUGCCCUCAACCGUCUAUCGACCACGCUUGGCUCGCAAAUUCCCAGGCAUGUUCCGUGGCAAGAAUGGCUUGGGCCCGAAUGACUUGAUUAUCGUCAGGAGCGAACUAUAUGAGCGGACAAUGUCAGGUAUCCCCGAGAAACACGUGAGCUCGGAAGAUGAAGGUGAAGACCACCGGGAUGUGGUGGCCACGAUCUGCCAGUUACUCCAGGAAGAUGCACGAUCCAAAGGCAAGGCGGAAAUGUGCCUAACAUUUGGACCCGUUUGGGAGGCGACGCCGUUGCCCAGUGGGUCAUACGAGUUCGUUGCCCGGACCGAGGCCGGGUUGCAGGUCAUGCGCUGGGCCUUGCGCGGUAACAAGAACCGUCGAGUGUCGACAUCUGCGGGAUCACAGCCCCGCGAAGAUACCAAGCGCUUCACAUUCAGCGUCAUCGACCCGGCUACUCGCCGCCAUCCCGUCAUCGCUUCUAUGACCAAAAACCAGCUGGAGGUGUUUGAUGAAUAUUCCAAGACGGUUCGCUCCAGCCCCGGCCUAACAACGCCCAGCUCGGGCAUGUCGGUAGUCAGCGACGCGUCUGACAUGGACGCACCGCUCGAUCAGGAUGUGGUCACGCUCGACAAUGGCCUGCGGACCCUGAUUAUCGUCACCGGGAUCUGGGUGGCUUUUCGAGAAGGCUGGUCGCAUAGUUUCAGCUACAGUGACCCGGUCUCUAGUCCAAAGGCACUUGCGUCCCCAACAAGCUCAAAAUCCUGCCCCCCUAUGACGGCGAAGACUGAGCAUGAUGUUCCCCCGGUCAAGGAGAUGACCAAUGUAGACAGAGAAUCGACUCAUGUCAGCAAACGGUGUAUGCCCGUAUCAAGCAUCCGUCGCUCCAGCACAUCCCCUUCUGAGCAGAGUAAGCAGAAUGGCGGUUUAUCUCGACGAUCCAAUUCAACUGGCGCCGCAUUUAUGGAACGAGCUAAGCGACGUGCAGCGUCGGGGCUGAACAACCGACUGAAUCGGAACAGCAUGAUUCCAGGUCCAACGGAGCACGGUCACAAUGCCGUUGUCUCCCGGUCCAGCUCUCUACGGCAGAGUUCAAUCAACUCUGUGGAUCGGGCUCCUUGGUCUGGUCGACCGGAGACAGGAGCAGAAAUCAACAGCACAGCUUCCAGGGCCAUGAGAACACCCAAUGAAAAGCCACCAGAACCACACACGAGGCGCCAGCAUGAGCGAUCUACCGAAUCGACCAACCUAGAUGUCAAUAAAAGCACGACUCAGUCCAAACGACGCCACCGUCUUAGCUCUUUCUUCAACGUCUUCAACCGAAAAUCGGAGCAUUAA